AAUCCACACUGCCUAGAACAAAAUAAGCAUUGCAGUACAUUUGAGAAAGUAAAGGUGUAGUGGAAACCGAGGGCGAAAUGAGGGAGUAGGGAGAAAAGGGUGGUGAAGCUUAGAGACCCGUGAGGGAGCAGAGCUGGGGCGCCUGUGUACAGGGACGGAGCCCGGCGGCAGCAGGGCGCGGCUUCCCUUUCCCGGGGCCUGGGGCCGCAAUCAGGUGGAGUCGAGAGGCCGGAGGAGGGGCAGGAGGAAGGGGUGCGGUCGCGAUCCAGGCCCGGAGCCAGCGAGGAGCAUCAGCGCCCGGGGCGAACACCUUCGCUCGCAGUUCACCCGCACACCAGUUUCCAGCCGCCGCGCUUCGGGAUUAGUGUGAUCUCAGCUCAAGGCAAAGGUGGGAUAUCAUGGCAUCUAUCUGGGUUGGACACCGAGGAACAAUAAGAGAUUAUCCAGACUUCAGCCCAUCAGUGGAUGCUGAAGCUAUUCGGAAAGCAAUCAGAGGAAUUGGCACCGAUGAGAAAAUGCUCAUCAGCAUUCUGACUGAGAGGUCAAAUGCACAGCGGCAACUGAUUGUUAAGGAAUAUCAGGCAGCAUAUGGAAAGGAGCUGAAAGAUGACUUGAAGGGUGAUCUCUCUGGCCAUUUUGAGCAUCUCAUGGUGGCCCUAGUGACUCCACCAGCAGUCUUUGAUGCAAAGCAGCUAAAGAAAUCCAUGAAGGGUGCUGGAACAAAUGAAGAUGCCUUGACUGAAAUCUUAACUACCAGGACAAGCAGGCAAAUGAAGGAGAUCUCUCAAGCCUAUUAUACAAUAUACAAGAAGAGUCUUGGAGAUGACAUUAGUUCGGAAACAUCUGGUGACUUCCGGAAAGCUCUGUUGACUUUGGCAGAUGGCAGAAGAGAUGAAAGUCUGAAAGUGGAUGAGCAUCUGGCCAAAAAAGAUGCCCAGAUUCUCUAUAAAGCUGGUGAGAACAGAUGGGGCACGGAUGAAGACAAAUUCACUGAGAUCCUGUGUUUAAGGAGCUUUCCUCAACUAAAACUAACAUUUGAUGAAUACAGAAAUAUCAGCCAAAAGGACAUUGUGGACAGCAUAAAAGGAGAAUUAUCUGGGCAUUUUGAAGACUUACUGUUGGCCAUAGUGCAUUGUGUGAGGAACACGCCGGCCUUUUUAGCAGAAAGACUGCAUCGAGCUUUGAAGGGUGCUGGAACUGAUGAGUUUACUCUGAACCGAAUAAUGGUGUCCAGAUCAGAAAUUGACCUUUUGGACAUUCGAAUAGAGUUCAAGAAGCAUUAUGGCUAUUCCCUGUAUUCAGCAAUUAAAUCGGAUACUUCUGGAGACUAUGAAAUCACACUCUUAAAAAUCUGUGGUGGAGAUGACUGAACCAAGAAGAUAAUCUCCAAAGGUCCACGAUGGGCUUUCCCAACAGCUCCACCUUACUUCUUUCUCAUACUAUUUAAGAGAACAAGCAAAUGUAAACAGUAACCUGUGUUCCUAACAGGAAUUCUCAUUGUUCUAUAACAACAACAAAAACGAUUAUUAUUUUAGAGCAUCUCAUUUAUAAUGUAGCGGGUCAUAAAUGAAAUUUAAAAUGGUAUUAAGGAUCUGCAAAUACUAUCCAACUUAUAUUUCUGCUUACAAAGUAAGAAUCUUUUUAUAGUUCUAAUCCAUUAAAUAUAAAGCAAGAUAAUAAAAAUUGUUGCUUUUGUUAAAAGUAA